CCUUUCGCAUUCCAGCGUCAGCUUGCUCACUCCUAAUUCAGAAGGAAGCAGGAAGAGAGCGAAAGGGACGGCGUAGAAGUAGUUCGGAAGGACAACUGACUUCAGUCGCGUUAACUGGUUUCUAACUGCAGCAGGCGAUUUGUCUGCUGGGAAGAACGCGACAAACAACCAGAAGCCGGACAAGCGCUAAUCUCCUGAAGCUCUGCUCCACCAUGGCCUCAGGGAAUGGCAGUGACCCACCAGACAGGUUAGAGAGGCAGAGAUCAUCACUGCAACUUGAAUCAGAAGACCAGGUGGCCCAGCAGACAGAGGAAGUGUUCCAGAGCUAUGCUUUCCACCGAUACCAGCAGGAGUUGGAGCAGAAUGAGGCAGAUGUGCCAAUAGAUCCAGAAAUCGCUGCAAUCCAGCAGGAGCCGGGCAGCACCAGCAACCAGGUGGGCAGGCGCCUGGCCAUUAUUGGUGAUGACAUCAACAUGCGGUAUGAUAAGGAAUUCUGUGAGAUGCUGGAGUCCCUGCAGCUGACAAGGGAAAAUGCUUACGAGUACUUCACCAGAAUAGCCUCUAGUUUGUUUGAUAGUGGCAUAAACUGGGGCCGUGUGAUAGCACUGCUGGGCUUUGGCUACAGGAUGGCAAUCCAUGUAUACCAGCAGGGGAUGACUGGCUUCCUGAGGAGAAUCACUCGUUUCAUAGCAGACUUUGUGCUCCACAACCACAUUGCCCGGUGGAUUGCCCAGCAAGGAGGAUGGGUGGCAGCAAUGGACUUAAGCAAUGUUUACUUGAAGUACAUGAUGGCUUUGGCAGCGGUGAUUUUGCUGGGUCAAUUUGUGAUAAGUCGCUUCUUCAGGCCAUGACUGAGGGGGGAAAUUCUGGUGGCCACAUGCAUGCCAGCUAUUGAUGUGCUGCUCUGUGGUGAUGCUUUCAAAGUAAGAAGCAUUCAAGAAACAACCAAAGGAAAAA